CCGCCAGAGGUCUGUGGAGACAAGGACCCCAGUUUGAAUGUCGGUUGCCCUGAAUUCUCUCUGGUUAAAAAUUAACGAGCCCAUUAACCCCAGGAGAGAUAAGAAAUCAAACAUUUAUUGAAAUCAAUUGAUUUAAUCAGCUCCCCUGAACCUUUCUAAAUGAAGCUCAUGAAACUGGAUCAGGGACAUUAAGACAUUGUAUAUGGUUGUUCAAGCUUCUUUCCACAAGUCAGGAUGCCUGGGGAAGUAAGAGGAAAUUUCUUCAUGGGAAUCACAGGGGUCUGGAUUUUGGCCAUGUCCAUGCUCGUGGCUGUGGUGUCCUCUGGAGACCAAGAAAAUCCUGGGCAUUGUGACCUUUCAGGACCUCCAGGGCCUCCUGGUCCCCCAGGUUAUCCUGGGUAUCCUGGCAUGACAGGAGCCCCUGGUGUACCAGGACCACCCGGGCUGAACGGGAUACCUGGAGAUAUUAAGAACUGUCCACCCAGACAAAUGUCAGCCUUCGCUGUCAAGCUAACCGAGCCGUUCCCAGCCCCCUCCCAGCCCAUCGUCUUCAACGAAACCCUGCACAACCAUCAGGGCCACUUCAAUCUCACCACGGGGGUGUUUACCUGCGUCAUCCGGGGACUCUACCACUUUGGAUAUCACGUGGAGACGUUCCAGCGAGCUGCCAGCGUGGGGCUCAUGAGGAAUGGAACUCAAGUCAGCCAGGGAGAAGCCGAGGCUGAGGGAGGUUACGGCCACCUCUCAGGAACUGCUCUCUUAGAGCUGGGGCAGGGCGACAAGGUCUGGCUGGAGUCCAAGCGGAGCCAAGCAGAACUUGAAGAAGGAACGAUUCAAACUGUGUUUUGGGGGUUUUGCUUCACGCCAAACUGCCCCCUUCCUCGAGAGGGUCUAACUUCGAGGACACAAUAUUCCUCUCUGGUACACUUUAAAAAAAAAAAAAAAAAAAAAAAAAGAUCGUUCCACAUAAAUGAAAUGUGAGGCUGAACAAUUGAUUUUAAAGAUGAUCUCUGAAAUUAGUAAAUGAAUGUCCAUCAGGUGGUCCACUA